UAACGAAGGAAAGAAGUAAACAUAGUUGAAGAGCGCCCGGCCGACGACUGACCGGGUUAAUACUCGUAGAAAAACUUUGCAUUUCAGAGUAUUUAGAAGAACAACUACAAUUCUGUUACGGAUUCAGCCAGGAUAAAAAGUUAAUGGAUCCACCGGAGGAAAACCGGAAUAUACUUCAAUCGCCUAGCGAUCAUAAUGUGCGAUAUGGCUCAAUAGGCUCCUUACAUCGAGAGAAUUUCAAAGUCUACAAGCGAAGAUGGUAUAUUCUUCUAGUGUUUUUCAUGUGUUCCACUUUAAAUGGCUUAAAGUGGAACACUUGGAGCCCAAUACAAGGUACAUCUCGAGUUGUGUUUGGCUGGAGUGACACGACUAUUACGUUGUUAGUUACCUGGGGCCCGAUUGUUUUUGUGGUCGUCUUUUUACCGAUGUCGUGGUUGAUGGAUGUCAAAGGCUUGAGAGCAUCUGUCCUCCUUCUGGCAGUUGUUAAUUUCAUAGCAGCAGGACUACAGGCAAUUCCACUGUCUAAUCUGCAAAUACAAACAUGGUUGGCUCACCUCGGGGCUAUCUUUAAUAGUAUAGGUGGUCCCGUUGCCAUGGCGUUAGGUCCCCUUAUAUCCGCAGUAUGGUUCCCUCCCCAUCAGCGCACAACAUCGACAGCAAUUGCCUCACUGGCUCCCUAUGUCGGAACAGGACUGGCAUUCAUCAUUGGUCCACUGUUAGUCCCAGAUGUGGGUAAUCAUAGUAGUACCAUUGGUAAAAGCAUUGACUACAUCAAACUUCGUAACAAUAUGAGCCACAAACAGUUAGUGUAUCUCAAAGAGCAAGUCAUGCAUCUGAUGUACAUCGAGUUGGCAGCAGCGGCAUUGAUUUUGCUGAUAAUUAUAGUGUACUUUCCGAAAAAACCUAAAUUGCCACCUAGUGUGACAGCAACAGUCGAUCGCCUGGAUUUCAAAUAUGGUUUCAAAAGACUCAUGUUCAAUAAACAGUUCUGGUUGUUACUGUUUAUCAGUGGCGUAACCUUGGGUGUCUACAGUGGUUGGGUGUCCAUUUUAGACUUGAACCUGUCUCAGUUUGGUAUGGGAGAAAAAACUGCUGGCUGGCUUGGAUUUGGUGCUUCGAUGACUGGAAUAGCAGCAGGAAUUUUUCUGUCCAUACUUGCAGACCAUGUCUCCAGACACAUGAAAGCGAUCCAGUUUGUCCUUCUUGUGGGUGCCGCUGUUUCGUAUGCGUUAUUCACUUUCAUGUGUGCGGGAAUCAUCCCAUACUGCAAAGCUGUUCUCUUCUUAACCUUCAUCCUUGGAGGAUUCUUCACCAAUGGCAGCAUUCCACUGUUUUUUGAGAUGGCAGUGGAGACUGCUUACCCCGUGGCAGAAGGAAUCACAUCUGGCUUCUUAACAAUUUCUUGUAAUGUUCUCCUGCUGGUGUUUUACAUAUUUCCGUUACUUCCCAAGUUUGGUUUGAAGUGGAUUAACUGGUGUACGUUUGCAACCUACGCUGCUUGCAUUCCAUUGCUCGCGUUAUGGCAAGAGAGAUAUUAUCGCUCAGAAGUAGAUGAUCAAGGAAAAGCGGGAGUAAUUAACUCCAUUAACAGUGCUUCACAGUAAGCAUGUGUUUAUUUGCAUGGGUCAAGAUGUUAAUUAAUGCAGCUGCUUUUUUGCCUGGGGUAACUGGGAAGUCUCUUCUCUGAAGCGUAUAUCUGUUACUACGAGAAUUCAAGAUUAAAGCCAAGACUCUCAUUUUGAAUGCGUUUAAACAACAAGAGCGAAGAAAAGUAGCCGUUAUUCUUCAUUUUUUGGCAACAAAAAACAAAGAACAGAUUUUGUUUAUACCUAUGGGUUUAUUAAGGAAGAAUUGUGUAAUAUAUAUUUUUUUUAUUAGCCGUUUUACGCAAUUACAGAGAAAAGCUUUAAAUUCCAUGAACAACAAAAAAAAUCCAUUUACAAAACUCGACUAAGGGCUUUAUACGCCACUCC